UGUUUUCCCUGGGAAACUAGGACAUUUGAAUGAGAUUUCUGUGGUGUGAUUAGAAAAUCCACACAGAAGAGGCAUUCCGGCCCCACGCUGUUCGUUGCCUCAACUGAGUGGAGUUGAGCAAUUGAUAAAUAUUCAUUGCUGGAGCCAGCAAAGCGCCCUGGAGGAUUGUGGAGAAAACUAACUCGCAGAGAUCCUAUUGGUUGUACGGGUGCCCAACGCUGUGAGGGAUCCGAGCCCUUUCCAUUGAUCUGAAAGAAGGAGGGUAAAAGGGACCUAGAACACAGCCCCCUGAUUCUGGUGGGAAAUUGCUUUCGAAGUUGCCAGCAGUUUAUUUUGAAGGAUUUUUUUUUUGUCACGGCAGGCUGUGUCGACAAGAUAUGGGAUGUAAAAUGCUCUGAUGCGGAGACUAUGAGCAGCGAGGCUUCAUGCUCCCACUCUUGCGAUUUAAUAUCAUUCUUUCAGAAGCCGUGCAGCCUUUCGCUCUUUGUACAUGACAACAAAGGCGUAGAUUGGAAGGGCCAGGAAUCUUCUUGCUGAUGUGACAGAAGGCUGUUUCGUGAAAUGGCUUCCUCUGAUUCCUCUCCUUUCCAUCUGGAAGAUCGGAAGGGAGAGGAAAUUGAACACCAUCUGUCCAGCAUGGCUCUGGGUGAAACUUUGAGAGAGGAGAACACGACUGAUGAGCCCUCUGUGUCUGAAGGUCGACUUGAAACAGAAGAACAGAACCCAAAUCCAGGUAGCCAUUUGAUUGACGAGUUGGAGUCAUCUUCAGAUGAAGAAUAUGGUGAAGAAUUUGACUUUGAUAGUCUGUGUGAAGAUGAUGACAGUGUCGAAAACAGGCCCCAGCUCAACAACUCACCAGAAAAACUGGGUGGUAAUCAGUCUGCUGAUGUUCUACAUACUACGAUGAUAUCUGAUGAAACAAAGUCAACCCAAUUUGUACAAAACACAAGCCAGCCUUCCGUAAUUCCUGCAGAGGAUGCUGUGGGCUCUACGUCUCACCUGAACUCUGUCAUGUCUCCUGCAGAUGCAGUUGCGCAUUCCAUUAACUCAGACUCUGCUACCACUGCCCCUGUGCCUAGGAGUCUUUCCACUGCCCCGUGCAAUGAAUCUACCAGCAGUUAUGAGGCUGACAUCAAAGAUGAAUCCGGGAGUGAAACUCUCUUGUAUAACACUCAGCCUGUUGUGACUCCCUGUAUAUCACCGGAUAUGCAGGCUGAUGUAAUCUACGACGAUGUUGCCCAUGAUGAUCAAUCUCCUCAGGAGCAGGUGCCGAUGGACGAAUUGAUUUAUGAAGAUGUACAACGAGAAACGGGAUGCAUCAGUCCAAAUCCACUGGAGGGAGGUUGGAGUUCCAGUGAGUUUGAGAGCUAUGAUGAGCAGUCUGAUGAAGAAACUAAACCUGGAGGAGAGCAUCAAAAAUACAAAGUGGUCCUUCAGCCUAAGAUGCAGCAGCUCAUGAAGGCGGCAAGGAAUGGGACUAAAGAUGGAUUGGAGAAGACAAAAAAUGCAGUCAUGCGCAAAGUAUCCUUCCUUCAAAAGAGAGAGUUUCAAGAUCAGUAUGAAGAGGAUGAUGCAGGCUAUCUUGAUGUUCCGGUGUCGGACUCGAAACACCCUCCACCAGAGCUCAGUCCUAUGCCCCCAGGACUGAGUCCUCAGCAGAUUGUUCGAAGACAUAUUUUGAGUUCAAUCGUGCAAAGUGAACGGAGUUAUGUUGAAUCUCUGAAACGGAUACUACAGGAGUACAAGAAGCCGUUGCUGGAAGCUGAGCCCAAGCUGAUGAGCCUGAGGAAGUUACGGGUGGUGUUUUACCGUCUAAGGGAAGUUCUUCAAUGCCAUUCGAUGUUUCAGAUUGCUUUGUCUUCACGGGUAGCUGAGUGGGAUGCCACAGAGAAGAUUGGAGAUCUCUUUGUUGCCUCAUUCUCAAAGUCUAUGGUGCUGGAUGUAUAUAGUGACUAUGUGAACAACUUCACCAAUGCUAUGGCUCUCAUUAAGAAGGCCUGCCUCACUAAACCUGCCUUUCUGGAAUUCCUGAAGAGGAAACAAGCCUCCACCUCUGACCGGAUAACACUCUAUGGGUUGAUGGUGAAGCCAAUACAACGAUUUCCACAAUUUAUUCUGUUGCUUCAGGAUAUGUUGAAGAACACACCAAGGGGGCACCCUGACCGGCUCUCAUUGCAGCUCGCUCUGACAGAACUGGAAACCCUGGCUGAGAAACUCAAUGAGCAGAAGAGAGUGGUGGAUCAGAUGGCCGAAAUUCAGCAGCUGGCAAAGAGCGUGGGAGACCGGAACCUCAACAAGUUGCUGAGUUCUGGUCAGCGGCAGGUGGUCCUUUGUGAGACUCUGACAGAAACGGUUUAUGGAGAGAGGGGACAGAUCCUAAAGUCCAAGGAGCGGCGGGUGUUUCUGCUAAAUGACCUGCUCGUCUGUGCCAACAUCAAUAUAAAGAGCCAGCCGGACAUUGGCAGCCUGGUGCCGGUUGGCCCAAAAUACACUGUGAAAUGGAGUGCCCCGCUGCUGCAGGUUCAGGUAGUGGAGGUCGGCCAAGAAGGGAAAGGCUACGAUAAGGACACAAUAAUCUUUCAGCAUCCAGGAAGUAAAAAGACUUCCUCUACCUCUCUAUCAACUAAGAUUUACAUGGGUCCUCCUCGGCUAUACCAGGAACUUCGGGAACUACAACAGGAUCUAGUUAUUGUUAAUCAGAUAAUGCAGCUUAUCAGCACACUUAAUGGCACUUAUCGGAACCUAAAUCUUACUGUAGCUCAGGACUGGACCAGAGCCCUGCAGAGGCUAAUCAGGAUUAAGGAGGAUGAGAUCCAGUCAGCAAACAAGUGCCACCUCCGUCUCCUGUUACCAGGGAAACCAGACAAAUCUGGGAGGCCAGUUAGCUUUAUGGUGGUAUUUAACACGCCAAAUGCCCGCAGCAAAAUCUCUUGGGUGAAUCAGCUGCACAUGGCUAAAAUUGCACUAACAACAGAGAACCAGCCUGGCUGGUUCUGUAUUGAGGAUGAUGGAAAGACAAAGGCUCCUUUUUGGUGCCCUUUACUUGCCUGUCGUAUGCCCAUGUAUGGCUCAAAGUGUCAGGACCUGAAGCCUGAAACAGCUCUUCACACUCCAGUGCAAUCUUCCUUACUUGGGAUUUCCACUGCCAGUACCUGUCUAGCACAGGGAUACCUUUGGGUUGGCAGUGGGCGAGAACAGGGCCAAGGGCAGGUUGAUCUCUUCUCAUUAAACAGAUCCACCCCCAGGCAUGUCAAGUCUUUCCAAGUCAGCUCCCGGGUCUUGUGCAUGGAGUAUAUCCCUCAAAAGGCCAGGAGUGAAGAGAAUAUUGACGGUCCAUUGGAGAGGUCUGCAGACAGUCCAGUUAUCAUUAUAGGACUUCAGGAUGGAAGUGUGGUGGGAUACGGUGGUAUUGACAUGGCAAGCCAGUGUUUGUUUACAUUUAAAAGCCCCGCAGAGAUGCCUGUUGUGUGUCUCAAGCAUUUACAGGAUGUUUUGUUUGCUGGGCUGCAGGACGGGACCGUCGCAGUGUACACCAGGACAGCUGAAGGAAGCUGGAAGUGGGAUUCUCCCCGAUCUGUUAAGGUUGGAUCAGCUCCGGUCCUUUCACUCCUGGCUGUGGAUGACACAAUGUGGGCUGGCUGUGGGAAUCGGGUCACUCUGAUCGAUGUCAGUUCCUUCACUACUCGGUGCCUGGAUGCACAUCCCAACGAAGAGGUGAAAGUGACCCAUAUGAUGAAAGCUGGUGGUGGAGUGUGGAUGGCCUUUUCUGCAGGAUCCUCAAUUCGAUUAUUUCACACAGAAACCCUGGAGCAUUUGCAGGAAAUCAAUGUUAUUCCACGCAAUGCUGUCUUCAAUCCAGGCCAAAGGAACGUUUUGGUGACGUGUUUGUUGGUUUGCCAAGGAAUGCUCUGGGUUGGAACUAAUCAAGGCAUUUUAAUUAUUUUACCUGUACCAAAACUUGAGGGAAUCCCAAAAGUAACAGGAAAGGGUAUGAUCUCAUUAAACGCCCACUGUGGACCUGUGGAGUUUCUGAUCCCAACCAUCGGCUCUCUGGACUUGGAAUUAUUGAAAAGCGAAUCUUCCGAGAAUGUGCAUGAAUACCAAGAGACAGAUGGCAAAGAAAAUUCUUCCUCCCAGGAAUCUAUUCAGGAUCUGCAUCAGGAUAAGAAACAGGGGAUUUCGCUGUGUUACAACUUACACUCAACUUCUCACCUGCCUGGUCAGUUACUGUCUGCGUACGACGACGAGGUACAGGCCAGUGGAAAAUUUCUAGAGCACAGCAUCGAGGAUGGUUCCAUCUACGAGAUAGUGGAUGACCCGGACGUGUGGGUUCGAAGCAGGUCUUCAAGCCGAGAGGUUGCCAAAAAGGAGAAAGUCAGUUCAGUGUCUAUAGCCUCUGGAGGCAGGGGAUAUCAGAACUUUAACAGAGACUUUAAGCCAACUGUGCACAGCAGCGAGAACAUGUUGCUGAUCUGGCAGAUUCCAUUGACUCUGUAGUGUUGCUACUUUGUGCACAUUUGUAGAAUGUGACCACUGGAAAAUUAGGAUUGUGCCAUGGUUAGCUGCCCAGAACUCUAAGGGUUUUAAAGGGAAGUGUCUCUUUAACAGAGUUAAGCACUCAAUAAUCGGGAUGUUGUACUUCCCUAAUAUGCUCAGCAUUAGGCAUUCCAGGGUAACCUCUUUCACAUUGGCACCUCCCUUUUGAAGGAGGAUUCAAAUCCAUUACUCUUUUUGCCCUUUAUUUUCUAAGGGUCCAGGAACUGGGCAUAGUAGUGAAAGGAAGUGGGGAGAAUAUCUUGUGCCAUGUGUUAGUUUUCUCUCUCCUUUCCUCUCUUUUUUUUCUGUCUGGAAAUCCAUGCUUUGAAGAAAAUGGACUGCUGAAGUUAUUUCCUCUUGAUUCCACACUUCUCCACCCACCCUUUCUCUUCCCACCCCCCUACACAUGCUCUCAAGAUGCAGCCAAACUGGGUAAUGAUUCCAUGGGCGCUGGCAGCCCUUUAAUACUGCACCUAAAUUGCCUGCCCUCAUGCGAGAGCUUGGGCAUUGAAUGUCUGUCGGCUAAUGACUAUAGAGGGCAUUGAAGCUGAACUUGAGCUGGUAUUUAUAUGCAUGCACUUUCAAGCUGGGUCACUGGAUUACAGUCCAGAGUGGGAAUGCUGGUGGUUAAAUAUAUUUUCUCUUUGUCACCAUUUAGCUGCCUUCUUUCCAGCAAGGAGCGGUGUGCAUCACUCUUGCAUUCUAAAUAACUGACUUAUAAGUGGCAGUGGUGGAACAACUUUACACUCGUACAGAAAGAUGAUUUGGAGUAGUGGGUUUGUGAAAAUAAAGAUCUAUGUUGGUUGAUAACUCAGCGAUUUUUGUUUUACAGCCUCUGAAUAUAUGGUCUGCAGUUUGAUAGCUGCUGUCAAUUUUCCUGCUCUGAUUGAAGGAUGGAUGCAAACAGCCAGUUUAUAAAACAUGUGGAAUAUUCCAUCUUACUGCACACUUACCAAAUCACAAAAAAUAUUACUAUAUACUGUGCUGCAGCAAUUGUGACUCUUGUACUCCAGUUAUUGUUGAGGUUGCAACCCCUUCCCAAUAUCUGACCAAGUCUUUAACCACCUAGGGAACACAACCAAUUUCAGGCCUUUGCAGUAUUUUGCACUGUUGGUUUUGAAGAAUGCAAAAAACUCUUACACCUACACCCCCCCCCCCACACACUGCAUAAAUUCAAGCUCCACAUAAACAUUUCCUCAACCUUACCCCUAACUCACCCACUGCCCACAUAAUCUCAACCUAACGUCCAAGGGUUCACACACCCGGACUAACCCAGGCCUCACCCCUACGUAUGAGCUUCCUUAACACCGGGACCCAUCCUCUCUUCCCCCGACGGAGAGACCUGCACCUCCAUCUCCCAACCUUACCCCCACCCUUACCCUUAACAUGAAGAACCCCAUUCUUUCAUGCUGUUCUUUGGUGCAUAUCUAGAUUCUAUUCAGCUGGUCAAUGUGGUUGAGACAAUAAAUGCACCGGGCAGGAUAUCGCAAGUUCCAGCCUACUUUUCAAAAAACAUAUGGCCAAAUGCUUGCACACAUCUGACUUAGUUGUACAAAAUGAAUAGAUGGCUGUUCAGCUGACCAAAAUAAAAAGAGAUGUUUUAUGAAUGCAAAAUGGGCAAGAAUACAAAGGUUGGUCCUAUCAUAUUUUUUCUCCAAAUAGAAAAUCUCAUCUCUCGUAUUGUGUGAAUGGCAAGAGUGCCAAGUUUAUUGUAACCUCCAAGAUUUUGACAUCGUGGGCAAGCACUUUAAUAUUGACUUUGAACCAAGAUCGGAGAGAAUGCUUUUAUUUAUGCUGUAAAUAACUAGUCCUUGAAAACAGUACUCUCCAUGAAGGGCAACAUUUAUAAUGCUGCAUGAUAAUUGAUAUCACAAUUUGGGAGUUUGUGGUCUCAUUUUAGAAUAAUGUAUAGCACAGAAGUUAUUUUAUCAUUGUAUCUGUUCCCGCUCUUUGCUACUGACAUAUUGCUAUGAUAUGUAAAUAUUGACUGUAUUUGUAGUAUUUACUCAGGGUUUGAGAUCUCCAAAAAGGAUGUCAUCGCAUGCUGAAAAUAUUCAAGGGCAAUAUUACACCAUCAUGCAGUAACCGACUGAGCAUGGCCUAAUCUUGUUCAUGUUCACAUCUAUCUGAUAGAAGGUAGGCUUUUCAAAACCUCCCUUCUACCCAGAACAAUAGUUUUGUUUAAAAUAAUUGUAAAAAUCUGAUUGUGAUCCAAUAUUUCAAUCAACUGAUUUACUGAGCUACAGCAGAGCUCAGAUCUUUUGGGAAAUUGAGGCAUUAAGGGUUUUUGCUGGGAAAUGGAGCCCCUUGCCUGAACCCGCUUGUUCGUUCUAUCAAUGGAAUUGAUUUAAUAAAUUACUUGCAAGGC